AUGCGCCUGCUCACUCUCAUUCCUUCAAUCAAGCAGAUAUGCAAAGAUGAGGGCAUCUCGGGCGUUUCAAUCGGAGUUCUUCACCGUGGGGAGACCCUGUGGACUGAAGGGUUCGGAUUUCGCAAUCAGGCCAAAACAGUACUUACGGAUUCAGAGACCUUGUAUGGGAUCGGAAAUCUCACAAUGUCAAUGGUAGCUGCCGGUAUUGGAAAGCUUGUUGACGGUGGAAAUUUCGACUGGAAUACCCCUGUGAAAGAGAUCCUUCCCGAGUUCUGGAAUGUUGAUACGACAUUUGCCUGUGAAGUCACCAUCGCGGAUCUGUUGUCACAUCGCUCUGGGCUAAAUGGGAAUGCAGAGUUUCGUUUGGCUUCUCAUGGUAAUGGCGAAGUGUUACUUUCUCCUGAUCAACUGUUUGAAGCCAUCAAAAUCAUGCCUUGCUUGGCUCCGAUACGCUCGACCUGGAAAAUGUGCCCAUGGGGAUAUUCGAUAGCUGGGCAUAUUGUUACCAAAGUAACUCAACAGCCACUCCAUGAAUACCUCAAAGAUCAAAUAUUCGGACCACUUGGUAUGGAGGCCACCACGCUGAGACCGUCAUUUGUUGAACACACGAAUUUGGCCAACCCAGACACUUCAUUAACAAAUGUGGAUACAAAUCCAUUGGCAAACCGUCUACAAUCUGAAGACACAAUAUUUCAAGGCUCAUGUGGUGCUUACUCCUCAGUGAACGAUCUUCUCAUAUGGGCCAAAGCAACUCUGGCUGCAAGCGAAAGCAUACAAAUCGAUGCUGCCUCAACACUGAAACAAAUUCCUCAUAUCGUUAGCAAUCAAAUCGCCAUCGCAAACCCAUCGUUGCUGGAAAGAUCGUACGGAUUUGGAUGGGCUCGAACUCAACUUCCAGGAAGAGUUGGCCUCACCGGUGAUAACAAGGACCUCUGGGAUAUUUCCGAGCAGCCUGUCUUGGGAGCUGGAAGCCAGUCGAGACUCAUGAUUUAUCAUCAAGGUGGAGAUGCUGGAUAUUCUUCCUUCCAUGCUAUUUUCCCCGAGACAAAGUCCGCUGUCGUCGUGCUCACUAACACAACAUCCGUAAGCGAUGCUGCCGAUUGGAUUGGGAGAACUCUCAUUGAUGGUUUGUUCAACUUUUCCAAUCCUGUCGAUCAUGUAAGUCUGGCAGCGCAGGCCAGAAUACGAAGGAUUGAACAAUUUCGGGCCCUGCAGGAAACGUUGACCAAAGAACGCAACAAUGGAACAACCCCACUCCCUCUUGGGUGCUAUGUCGGCAAAUAUAUCAACAAUGACUACAAGUUCAUGCUGGAAAUCACUUUGGACCCUAAUUCGGAGCGCGAUCUCAUUCUUUGCUUCCAAGGUCGCCCCUCUCAAAGUUACAAUCUCCGUCAUUACCACGACCACGUCUUCGAAUGGAGCCUGUCGUACGACGAAGUGAAGAAAAGAGGAAGGCCCAAUAUCACAGACCCUUCGUAUUACAAAAUCCAAUUCGAGAUCUACCCCGACAAACGAGCAAGCAAGAUCAUCUGGCAGUUGGAAGACUCGUCGCUACCAAAGGGGUUGACGUUUAUGUGGAAGGACGAGAAACUCGCGGAAGCAUGGCGUGCAGUGCACAAAGGUAUGGAAAAAAAGCAAGAUGAUUCAAUAAAAUUUGCUAAUGAUUUGUGGUGCCGUAGAUAUCGUUACAAGUAG